CCUCAGCUUCCUCCAACAUCAUUCACUUUACAUCUAUACCGAAGAUUCCUUUCCCCCCCGAGUGAUAUACCCGUUGAGUGCUCUUGUCCAUACGCAGUCGCUGUUGGGGCACGACUAGGUGCCUGUAUCGAAGUAAAAAUGACAGUGUUUGUUACAUUUUCGAUGGGCGCGAAGGAGAGCUACUUCUUCAAUAGCCCUACACAUUGGGCAUGGCAUAACCUUCCCCCAGAUGUGGAGGCUCUCUUUACAAAAACUCCAGCUAUAAAAGAUGUCCUAGAACUCGCGUUGGGUGAGAGCGGGACAUAUUUUAUUAGUUAUCGUGAUCACGAUGGCCAGAUUUUCUGCAGACACUACAACCUCCCAAACCCUCUAACAACCUACCUCUACCACUCCCAUCCCCACGUUAUCCGCGAUCUAACAACCCUCUCCAUUACCCUCGGACCCUACGAAUCCUACUACGCGCACGACAAGUCCUCCGCCUCCUGGGCAAAUCUCCCCCCAACCCUCGACAAAGCCAUUCUAGGACGCCUAGAAUCUCAAGACCCGUGGAAGACAGUUUGGAGAGAGAACGGCCAGGAAGCACCAAGUUUUGUUAGUCUAGGUGCCGAUGGCAGUUAUUUCAUGAGGACUGUGAGAGGAGGGGGAAGUUGGGAUUUGAAGAGCAAGGAGGAGGGGAUGAUGGGGACGAAUAAAUUUCUGGAGGAGUCGAAAGAUUUUACUGGGAUUGCUGGAUUAUACCUCUUUCCACAGCACCCAAAAUCCUACGUUCUACUUCUCACUUCUGGGAAAGCCUUCUCCAAUCUCCCAGAAUUCACAUGGACGGAUUACAACAAAAUGGCACCAUCCCUCCCCAACCUCGUUCAAACCCUUGCACCAAUUCCACCUGUCCCACAACCGAAACCCCUGCAAGCACCCGCACCCGCCUCUCAACCCGUCCAACAGCAAACAGGUGGAUGCUGUCCAACCGGCCCACAAACCCCCCAUAACUGCUGUCCCCAAACACCCCAGUACGUUCAUCCCUUGACGCCUUUGGGACUAGGGUUCCCGCCACCGUACUCGCAACCGCAACAGCAACCGCUACAGCAACCGCUACAACAACCGCUACCCCAACAGCAGUAUUACUUGGCAACGGGACAACCGGGUGGUGCUGUAUAUGCGAAUGGGCAGUCGACAGGGGUUGUGUAUGCUCAGAAUACGGGACAGCAGAUGCAGGUGCCGAUGCAGUAUCAGCAACCCAACGCGUUUGCCCCGGGGCCAAGGUAAAAAGAGAGAUAAGCUGCGGUUUUCGGCGGAGAGAGGGUAUAUAUGGAAUUUGAAUUUCUGGAUUGGAUGAGCAGCGCUGGUCUAGAUUGGGUUUGGGACUGGAAAGUCAAAUGAAGUGGCGCAACCUUUUUGGGUUUCGGGUCUUUGUUGUUAUAUAUGUUCGCG